GCACUUUACAUAUUUUUGAUCAUUAAAAAUUAAUAUCCGGUUUUUAUAAUUGAUUACAUUUCUCAUUAAGGUUAUAAUAUCGAGUCAAUGAGAGAAAAAACUUUUCUCUAUUAAUUAAUAAUGACGGAACUGUCAGUUAUAAUUUAUUUUCUGUUUUUCAUAAUAAAUUCGCCAUCUUGAUGCUGUCAAAGUUGGGUGCGUGCAAUAAUCCCUUAUAUUGACGUUUUCUCGUCAAUAUUUUGAUUGCAGAGUGAAUAAAUCAGUAUCAAUAGUUGUUUUGAUUACUCCAAAUACAAAAUAAUAUUAUUGAAAAUUUAUUUUCACUAACGAUAAGUUUGGAAAUCAUUGAUAUUAUGUGAAAAUGAUAAAAUAAUUUAUACCUAGAAAAUUUUACGAAAAUUUCUAUCCAGUUCAAAAGAUAUUCGUCAAAUUUUUUUAUGACUAAAAAACAAUGAAACAUUACUUAUUACAGUAAGUUCUAAAUUAACAAUUAAUACAAUGGCCACAGAUGUUGAAGAGUCAGACACUGAAGAUCAUGAACGUCCUGUUCCUCCAAAAAGACAAUGCAUCAAUGUUGUGAAUAAUACUGAAGACCAGAAUCAUCAAGUUCAUCAAUCAAUCCAACAAGAUUUAAGUUCAACUGGAGCAAGUAAUGAUGUCUUAGCAAGAGAAAAAUUCCAACGAUUUCAAAAUGAAAUAGAUAAACACUGUUACAUGGGAUCUGUUGAUAAUACCAUUAAUCAAGUAAUGGAAACUUAUAUAUUAAAACCACCAACAGAACGAGCUCAUUUAAGACUAUUCAGAGAAUUAGAGAUGGAAGAUACAGCAGUAACGAUGGCUAUUCGAAAUCAUGGACUAGUUCACUCUACCGAAUUCGUUCCACGAUCUAGAUUUAGAAAAAAUUCUCUAAAUCAUUGGUCUAGUGAUGAUGAUGUCCAUUUUCCAACUGUUGCUAAUUAUUCUACUGAUGUGUCAUCAAAAUCAAAUGAUUCUAAUUCCACACAAGCUUGUGCAACUACUUCAAAAAUUUGUUCACCGAGGACAUUCCAACAGCUUGACGAAACCAUCAAACAUAAUUGGAGUGUAAAUAAGCCUGAGGAUGGAGAUGAGCAAGAUAUUUUGGAAAGAGCUGUGGCUGAGGCUAUCAAAAUUAAAGGUCUCAGUGCAUUAAGCGUAGAUUAUGGCUAAGAUUUAAAGAAUUAGCUGAACCAUAUUAUUAUUGAUAUUAUGAAUGAUCUUAAAAUUAGAUCCACUGUCAGUGAUUUCAUGCUAUCAAGUAAUAAUAUCCAAAAUAAUUUCUUCUUUAGUAUCAGACAGACAAAGACUUACUACAAUAAUUUGAUAUCGAAUUACAUAAAAUAGUUAUGCUUUUUUAAUUUUUCAUUUGAAAGUUAUUUUAAUGCUAUUGAUUUUUAGAAUUCGAGAUUCGACAAAUCUUUUUUUAUUUUUGUUGAAUUGUCGUUUCUAUUCAUUCCUCAUUUCUUUAAGUUAUAGAAAGAAGAGUGUAGAAAGAAACUAAUGUUUCGAGUACAUUUAAAUCAAAUCAUUGAUUUUUUCAGGAUCUUGCAUCCAUUCUAUUCGUGAUAUGCCAUAAAAUGUAUCUGUACUAUUAUUAUUAUUUUUAAUCAGUGAUUAUUCCAGUGAUAUAUUAGUUUUCUUAAUAUUGAAAAUGAUAAGUUGAUAUAAUUUCUAGUAAAAAAGUUUUAAAAUUUGGUAAAUAAUAUGUUUAUAAUUAUCAUUAUCGUAGUGUGAUGCUUUAAUUAAAAUGAAAAUUAUUGAUUACAUUGAGAAAAAACAUGACAUGUAUAUAGUUUGCAAAAUGAGCAAAUGUAUGAGAAGAAUUGAAUAAAAAAUGUAGCAUCAUUAUA